AUGACUGAAGUACAGACUACAUACUACAGCGAACAGCGUUCCCUCGCCCCCUACCGGACUGACCAAAAAAAUAAGCACGCGAGAACGGGCGAGCCGCAUUCCUCGACUGGGUCGACGGCACAGCCCCGCGCCCGCCGCCCUCCGCCGUCACCGUGUAAAUGUUCCCUACGUAACGGCGUAUAUCAAUCGGCCACCACGUGGUGCGAUGGUGUAAACAACUUGGCUGCCCUUCUCUUCGCCGUGAGCCGUUACCGGGGCAUUGUCGCGUGGUGUAAGCAGUCCGUCCGCCCGCCGCAACCUAACUGUCCAACAUUCAAUCUAUAA